AUGUCAGACGAGACAUCAGCUUCACAAGCUCCUGACGAGGUCAGCGGUCAAGCUGCGUUUUGGAUUCUCAUAACACUAGCAACCGCUGCUAUCGUUCAGCCAUCAGCAAGAAGCAGACGAAAAGGCCGUGAUGUAUUCGAUGGUACCAUAGACCUUCUACGAUGUAUCCCGGCUGUUUGUUUCCUCGACUCUAUUGCCGACCUUGUCUCACUAGCAACCGCCAUCUAUCGGGCAUUUUCUACGCCAAAGUCAACACAAAAUACUCGCCGAAGGGCCUUCCCUAAAGCGAGUACGUUUAUUGUCAAAUUGGCUUUGUCCACGGUCACGGUACUACCUCAGACAAUCAAAGUGGCCAGUUUAAAGGGUGUCCUGGCAACGCAGGCUUGUGCCUUUCUAUUCUUCAUCUCCACUACGACUAGACUAGUGGUAGACUUUUGUGGUCUUGAGGAUGACUCAAACUACACAAAUGCUCGAGACAAAGCUCUCUCACUGAGCAUACCAGCAAUGUUGGCAUUACUUCUUCAGUUGCCGUUUGAAGCUUGGAUCUGGUAUAAUAUCAGUUUUUCAGCCACCUUGAACCUAUCAACCAAUAUGGAGAAUCUCUGUUCCUGGUUAACAAUUAUCUGCAUCGCGGUAUUGUUCACACAACCUCUAAUAUGGAUAUUGUACCUUAUUGCCCGCCGAAGAUUCGAUAUGUCGGCUUCUCCGUACAUGGUUCCUAUGCGGGGGUUCUACCUAUUACUUGUUAUUCUAGGAGUGUCCAAGAAGCCUGCUGUGGACGGAGACUCAGAAUCCGAAUCGACCAUCAGGCCGCCACCGGCUUGGUCGGGUCGCCUGAGUUAUACAAUAAGCCUAAUGCUUUGUGUCGCCCUCAUCAGCAUAGCUGUGACAAAGAUACUGGAUGCUCUCGGAAAAUUAGUCUCUCGUGGAGAUGACACCGUGUCAACAACCAAUAUCCCAUCUGAUGUACCACCCGAAGGGCCGUCACCUGAACAAGAGAGCACGGAUGACGAUACCGUGGAAGUGAAUGAGCCGCUGUCGGUGGGAUUAUCUGCGACUUGGUUGGGAAGACUUGGCGCAAUUGUUGACCGCUGGCUUAUACGUGCCCUUACCAUACAUUCAAGGGCCAGUGUGGGCAUUCUUUUGACUGUCUUUAAUUUAAUCACAACGACAAUCUAUUACCUGGUGUAUUUCGAUGGUUCUGGUACUGUAAACCCGAAUUGGACCAGUGUCUUGGGAUGA